GUGUGUAGCUGACCCUCACGCGAGCACACACCACGUGAAACAUGGAGUCGUCAGUGCCCACGCGCAUGUCGCGACAGCUGACGGGGGGGAACGUGCAGGAAGAUGGAGCUCUGCUCGGCGCUGGCGCCCCCGCCGCCGGAGGUGCCAGGUCGGACUGCAGCAACAGCGACGACACCCGGCGGGAGGAAAAAGCGGUGAAUUUGUGCAUGAUUGGGACGGGCGAGUAUACCACGGGCUACGUGCACGGUGGCGCCUCGGACUCCGACAAGGGCGCCGGAGUCGUCGCCCUCACGAUGUCGGACCUGCGGCGGCGCGGUAAGGUCAACCGUCUGGGCCUGUGCGGUACGAACGGCGCCAAGUUCCCGGGCAUCCGCGCGCACAUGCAGCGCGCGAUCGGCGACCAGUACCGGGACUUGGACCUGACGAUGGAGAGCUGGCCCGCAGAGGACGGCCCACGCGAUCCGGCAGCCUACAAGGAAGCGCUGGACACGUUCGACCCAGGGGACGCGUGCACGGUCUUCACGCCCGACGACACCCACUUCGACAUCGCCAUGGAGGCCGUCCAGCGGGGCAUGCACGCGAUCGUCACCAAGCCGGUCGUCAAGACCCUCAAGGAGCACCGCGCCCUCCACGAGGCCGCCAAGGAGGCCGGCGUCCUCGUGAUGGUGGAGGUGCACAAGCGGUUCGACCCCAUCUACGUAGACGCCCGCGACAGGAUACGGGACCUGGGGGGGAUGUCGUACAUGUACUCGUACAUGUCUCAGCCGAAGCACCAACUCGACACGUUUCGCGCAUGGGCCGGCAAGAGCAGCGACAUCAGCUACUACCUCAACUCGCACCACGUCGACUUCCAAGAGUGGGCCAAUAUGAACCAUGGCGAGCAACGUCGAUCGACGUCUUCCGACAUCGCCACGGAAGAUACCAUCACACUGCUGGUGGAGUGGGAGAAUUUAGAGGAUGGAAGCAAGGGCACCGCGGUUUACACCUCGUCGUGGGUGGCCCCCAAGGCCGACGUGCACAGCCAGCAGCGGUUCUUCUACAUGGGGCAGAAGGGGGAGAUCAACGUGGACCAGGCGCACCGCGGCUACACCGUCGCCAAGGACGGGGACGGCUUCCGGAGCGUCAACCCCCUCUUCAUGAAGUACACGCCUACCGACGGGUACUUCUCCGGCCAGACCGGUUACGGCUACCGAAGCUUCGAGGCCUUUGUCGACGCGGUUCGGCAGAUCGAGGCUGGCAUGGCCACACCAGAGACCUUCGACUCGAAGCUGGCCACGAUAGGCACCACGUACCUCACCACCGCCAUCCUUGAGGCCGGCCGCCUCAGCCUCGACGGCAACGGCCGACCGUUUGAGAUUACCUACGGCGGGGAGGACAAGCACAUCCCCACCGACAUCGUGCCUGUGGAGUUCUGACGUGGUGGUUUUCGGGUGCUUCCCUCCGAGAUGGCUCCGUAAUGCGUCGUGGUUGCGCGGUCGGUGUGGCUCUGUUGCCCGCCGCCGCCGCCGCCGCCCCCCGUUGUGUGUGUGUCCUUGGUUUCUUUUUUUGGGCUUUGAGCUCUGUUCGUCGGCACGGGGUACGUGCUAUCGCAGCAAGUGUCCCAUGUACGCAAGGUUUUAAGAAAGUCGUGUCAAUUGCGGACAAUUGAGUAAACCGAACGAUAGAGGGUUGUACCUGAAGAUGACGCAAGAAAUGAUGUUUCGGGAACUGGCUCUGAAUGUUGUGGCGGCUGAUAAGUUUAAGCUUUGCUUGCGGAAACUUGAUGCCGGUUUCUGGCGCUUUCUUUCAACGUGCGGCUGCUCCCCCCCGCUGGACGAAAAAUUAGCGCACUCCGGGCGGGUCGGCCGACGCUGGGAAGCAAAAGGCGGCGAUGCAUGCGCUCGCUUGCGUCGAUGUCAGGUUGAGUAGCAAGAACCGACCGGUGUCUGAUCCUUGCCGCACCCAGGGAAACCCUUUACAUGCACUCCGUUCGCCCGGUCGUUCAGCAGGGAAGGAGGCCAUCGGUACAUGUUUAUGCCGUGCGCCACACACGCGAGUCUUGCUUGUUCGUGGUGGUGGGGGGGGUGUUGAUGUGGACGGGCAGAUGCUGUGUACAAGCAAGCAGCCGUGUUCUUUUUUUUUAGAGCCUUGGCAGCCAGUUGGUGACGACACAGCCGCGUGUGCCCCGAGGCGUAUCAAAACGACGAAAAAACCACAUCACACGUCACAUGAAAAAAUGUUACAGCUAACCUGUCGAAGGAGAAUGCCGGAGCAGUGACCACCGCGAACUACCCACCAGGACUAAAAAAAAAACACGGCACAAGC